ACAUGGAGGCGUAUACUGCAAGGACACCAAGAAAAACAAACAAAAACAAAUGUCCUUGUUCCAACUUUGGAAGUUUUUUUUUUAUUUUUCACCUGAAGAUCUCUAUCUUUGCCGAGUCUGAAAGGUCGAUACAACAGGGAUGAACUAACUGUGUCUGUCAGCUAAGCGGAAAUUAUCUUUGUUCCCGGAAGUGUUGGUAUGGUUUUCUGCAAGUGUGAGGUUUGACAGGCGUCCGCUGUAGCUUUUGACAUCUUAUAAAGGGAAAUAUUUCAGUAUGGAGUUAUGUGAGAUGCUUUACAAUAAGGCCGAGUACAUCGAAACGGCCUCUGGUAAUAAAGUAAGCAGACAAUCGGUGCUAUGCGGAAGUCAAAACAUUGUUCUCAAUGGUAAAACCAUUGUAAUGAAUGACUGCAUAAUUCGAGGGGAUCUAGCAAAUGUCAGGGUAGGACGCCAUUGUGUCAUCAAGAGUCGCAGUGUCAUAAGGCCACCAUUUAAGAAGUUCAGUAAAGGGGUUGCAUUCUUCCCUCUCCACAUUGGUGACCAUGUAUUUAUAGAGGAAGACUGUGUUGUCAACGCUGCUCAGAUCGGGUCAUAUGUCCACAUUGGAAAAAACUGUGUUGUUGGACGGAGAUGUGUUUUGAAAGAUUGCUGUAAAAUUCUAGACAACACAGUAUUGCCACCUGAAACUGUAGUUCCACCAUUUACAGUAUUUUCUGGAUGUCCAGGAUUGUUCUCUGGAGAACUGCCAGAGUGUACCCAGGAACUCAUGAUCGAUGUUACAAAGAGCUAUUACCAGAAGUUCCUACCUCUCACACAGGUUUAAUGGCUGCCUGAAAGAGCAGGGAAUCAGAAGGGGAAAGGCUUCUUAUUGUGAGCAGUGCUACAUGUGUUAGUACCAGUGGAAGGAAGAACUGCUCUGCAGAGUCAAACCCCACAGUCUGUCUGCUGCAUUAUUUCAGAAAGGAUGCAUUUCCUAACCACCUUUUCUGCUGUAUGUUUAUAGAAACAGCAAUAAACUCUUUAUGAAUGAGUGUCCCAUGGUUGGUUCAUAAGACAAGGACACAGUGGACCUGAAAAUGAGCACCUGGUGUAUAUAACAAAUGAAAGCCCUCAUCAGAACCAUUAUGUUUUAUGUAGGCUGAACUGGUUAAGUAUAUAUUUAGAGUGUCUUAUAACUAAACUUUGAUUGUAGCAAAGCUUGCUUCAGCAGGGAAAAAGCACUGCAUGUGAGAAGAGUGUGGAAAGCAUCACAUAGAAACUUACCACAUAACACUUUAAAAGUCUGUAAAGUAAAUGUUAAUUGCUGCCCCACAUUUUGCAAUGGUGUAUAAGACAUUUCCUUUUAGGAGCUUUGCUGGGUUUGCUAAAUUCCUGUAUAUUUAUUAACACUAAGAGAAGUUUACAUUGAGUACUAAACCGUAUUGCUAAUGAGAAUCAUUCAACUACACCAUCAAUGUAUGUGGCUGUAUUAAAACGUCUGCUCAGUUUUUCUGGUUGACUCAGAUUUCAUAAUAAAUGUUUAAUGUUUGUAUUAUUUAAAAAGAAUAGUAUGAGUAGCUAUGUUUAUGGAGGUCGACAUUUCAGAAUAUACAUUUGACAUAAUAUGAUGUGCUGUUGAAGUCCAGUAAGGAAAUAGGUUCUUUCCUUACAAGCCAUUCUUUUUAUUUUAUUUUUUUUUUACCCGCAGUGAGAUAAAGUUGUUUGCACACAAGAGGUCUUUUCCAAAACAACUGAUCUGUCAUACAAAUAAAAGAAAAAAAGUUUGAA